GGGGAGGAAGCGGCCAGCGGGCGGCGGGCACGGGCGGCACGAGCAGGUGGGAGCCGCCGAGGGGCGAGGCCGCCCGCGGGGGCGCCAGGCGGCGGGGACUGCGCCGCGCCCCUGUCCGCGGUGCGCGCUCGCGGUGCGCACCGGGCGUCCUCGACUCUCGCGCGCCCAGCCUGCUCGGGCCCUACCUGCGGCGGCCGUCGGGGGCGCGGAGCCCCCAGCGCUGCCGAGCCGCAUGAACAAUAGGCGGCGGCGGCUCCCGCGGGCGGCCGCCCCGCACCCUAUGGACCAGCCGCUCCAUGGAGUCCUCCAGAUCGCUUCUCGGCUGCCUGGCGAGCGCCGCUGCCGCCCCGCCGGGGGACGAUGCCACGGGCGCUGGGGCCGAAGAGGAGGAGGACGAGGAGGAGGCGGCGGCCGAGCUGGGAUCUCACGCCGCGCUGCCCUACUGGACGGCUGUGUUCGAGUACGAGGCGGCGGGCGAGGACGAGCUGACCCUGCGGCUGGGCGAUGUGGUAGAGGUGCUGUCCAAGGACUCGCAGGUGUCCGGCGAUGAGGGCUGGUGGACCGGACAGCUGAACCAGCGGGUGGGCAUCUUCCCCAGCAACUACGUGACCCCGCGCAGCGCCUUCUCCAGCCGCUGCCAGCAGGGCGCCGAGGACCCCAGUUGCUACCCGCCCAUUCAGCUGUUAGAGAUUGAUUUUGCGGAGCUAACCCUGGAGGAGAUCAUCGGCAUCGGGGGCUUUGGGAAAGUUUACCGUGCUUUCUGGGCAGGCGAUGAGGUGGCCGUGAAGGCAGCUCGUCACGACCCUGAUGAGGACAUCAGCCAGACCAUAGAGAACGUUCGCCAAGAGGCCAAGCUCUUUGCCAUGCUGAAGCACCCGAACAUCAUUGCGCUCAGAGGGGUGUGCCUGAAGGAACCCAACCUCUGCUUGGUCAUGGAGUUUGCUCGCGGAGGGCCUCUGAACAGAGUAUUGUCUGGGAAGAGGAUUCCCCCGGACAUCCUGGUGAACUGGGCUGUGCAGAUCGCCAGAGGGAUGAACUAUCUACAUGAUGAGGCGAUCGUACCCAUCAUCCACCGAGACCUUAAGUCCAGCAACAUAUUGAUCCUGCAGAAAGUGGAAAAUGGAGACCUGAGUAACAAGAUUCUGAAGAUCACUGACUUUGGGCUGGCGCGGGAAUGGCACCGGACCACCAAGAUGAGCGCGGCGGGAACAUAUGCUUGGAUGGCACCUGAAGUCAUCCGUGCUUCCAUGUUUUCCAAAGGCAGCGAUGUGUGGAGCUAUGGAGUACUGCUUUGGGAACUGUUGACUGGCGAGGUGCCCUUCCGGGGCAUUGAUGGCCUAGCAGUGGCUUACGGUGUGGCCAUGAACAAACUUGCCCUUCCUAUCCCCUCUACAUGUCCAGAGCCUUUUGCCAAACUCAUGGAAGAUUGCUGGAAUCCUGACCCCCACUCGCGCCCGUCGUUCACGAGUAUCCUGGACCAGCUAACGACUAUAGAAGAGUCCGGUUUCUUUGAGAUGCCCAAGGACUCUUUCCACUGCCUGCAGGAUGACUGGAAACAUGAGAUUCAGGAGAUGUUUGACCAACUCAGGGCCAAAGAAAAGGAGCUCCGAACCUGGGAGGAGGAGCUGACAAGGGCUGCACUCCAGCAGAAGAACCAGGAGGAGCUGCUUCGGCGUAGGGAGCAGGAGCUGGCUGAGCGGGAGAUCGACAUCCUGGAACGAGAGCUCAACAUCAUCAUCCACCAGCUAUGCCAGGAAAAGCCCAGGGUGAAGAAACGCAAGGGCAAGUUCAGAAAGAGCCGGCUGAAACUAAAGGAUGGCAACCGCAUCAGCCUCCCCUCCGAUUUCCAGCACAAGUUCACGGUGCAGGCCUCUCCAACCAUGGAUAAAAGGAAGAGCCUGAUCAGCAACCGAUCGAGUCCUCCCUCGAGCCCCACCAUCAUCCCUCGCCUUCGAGCCAUCCAGUUGACACCUGGUGAAAGUAGUAAGACCUGGGGCCGGAGCUCAGUUGUUCCAAAAGAGGAAGGGGAGGAGGAGGAGAAGAGGGCCCCAAAGAAGAAGGGCCGGACGUGGGGACCAGGAACACUUGGGCAGAAAGAGCUCACAUCAGGAGAUGAAGGCUCCCCCCAGAGACGGGAAAAAGCUAAUGGCUUAAGUACCCCAUCAGAGUCUCCACACUUCCACUUGGGCCUCAAGUCCCUGGUAGAUGGAUACAAGCAGUGGUCAUCCAGUGCCCCCAACCUGGGGAAGGGCCCAAGGAGUAGCCCCGCCCUACCUGGGUUCACCAGCCUUAUGGAGAUAGAGGAUGAGGAUAGUGAAGGCCCAGGAAGCGGAGAGAAUCACCUACAGCAUUCACCCAACCAGUCCUACCUCUGUAUCCCAUUUCCUCGUGGAGAGGAUGGGGAUGGCCCCUCCAGUGAUGGAGUUCAUGAGGAACCUACCCCAGUCAACUCAGCUACCAGUACCCCUCAGCUGACGCCAACCAACAGCCUCAAGCGCAGUGGGACCCACCACCGGCGCUGUGAGGUGGCUCUGCUUGGAUGUGGAGCUGUUCUGGCAGCCACGGGCCUAGGGUUUGACUUGCUAGAAGCUGGCAAAUGCCAGUUGCUCCCCCCAGAGGAACCUGAGCCACCAGCCCGGGAGGAGAAGAAGAGGCGUGAGGGUCUUUUCCAAAGGGCCAGCCGCCCUCGUCGGAGUACCAGCCCUCCCUCCCGAAAGCUCUUCAAGAAGGAAGAGCCAAUGACGUUGCUAGGAGACCCCUCUGCCUCCUUGACACUGCUGUCUCUCUCCUCCAUCUCUGAAUGCAACUCUACCCGCUCCCUACUGCGCUCUGACAGUGAUGAGAUUGUGGUUUAUGAAAUGCCAGUCAGCCCAGUUGAAGCUCCACCCCUAACCCAAUGCACCCACAACCCCCUGGUUAAUGUCCGAGUGGAGCGUUUCAAGAGAGACCCCAACCAGUCCCUGACUCCCACCCAUGUCACCCUCACAGCCCCCACGCAGCCCAGUGGUCACAGGCGGACUCCUUCUGAUGGGGCACUUAAGCCAACAGCAGCCCCUGCACUACUAGGCAGCAGGAGCCCCUCCAGCAAUGGAAUGAGUCCCAGUCCUGGAACAGGCAUGUUGAAAACUCCCAGUCCCAGCCGAGACCCAGGUGACUUUCCCCGUCUCCCUGACCCCAAUGUGGUCUUUCCCCCAACUCCAAGGCGCUGGAACACCCAGCGAGACUCUACCUUAGAGAGACCCAAGACCCUGGAGUUUCUGCCUCGACCACGUCCUUCUGCCAACCGGCAACGGCUGGACCCUUGGUGGUUUGUGUCUCCCAGCCAUGCCCGCAGCGCCUCCCCAGCUAACAGCUCCAGCACAGAAACACCCAGCAACCUGGACUCCUGCUUUGCCAGCAGCAGCAGCACUGUAGAAGAGCGGCCUGGACUUCCAGCCCUGCUCCCUUUACAGGCAGGGCCACUGCCCCCUGCUGAGCGGACACUUUUGGACCUGGACGCCGAGGGGCAGAGCCAGGAUAGCACUGUACCCCUAUGCAGAGCUGAGCUGAAUGCACACGGGCCUUCCCCAUAUGAGAUCCAACAGGAGUUCUGGUCUUAGUGUAAAAAGGGCCAGGGCGGGCAAGGGAGAAAUCGGAGGAGGCAGAGGGAGCUGGCACAGCCCGGUCUCAGGCCCCCUGGGAACCAGACCUCCUCCUUGCACUGAGAAUGCACUUUGAAGAUGGAAGGGAUGGGAGCAGGGCCUCUUUGGAGGGUCUCCUGACCUGCAGGAUCUUUUCUCCAUGUUCACUAGAGGGGCUGUGUCAGCUCUGGCUGUAGAGAGGGGUGUGCACGUAUGUCCCCACACUCCGGCCUUCCUUACCUUUAAAAUGACACUACAGAGUCAUUCAGCCACAUCUGUCCACUGCCUCUCCUCCUCAGCCAGCCGUAGCUGUCCUGGGUUCCCUUUGUCAGCCCUGAGUCCUACCUGUUCACAUACCUGUACUGAUGUUCUGUGAUUGAUUUGACUUAUCGUCCACUCUUCCCAUGACUCAGUGUCACCUUGGUAUUGGAUGAGUGUCUUGUGUCCUAAGUCCUUCUGUGCCAGCUGAUGGGGAUAGGCUGGCCUUAUGAUGGCCAGGGGGCUUGGCAGAUCAGGUAGUGCCUACCUGUGCAAAUCUCAAUGGGAGCUGAGAGUUCAGAGAGGGAGGAGAGGAAAGGAGGCAGUCAGGAACAGUACAGUCAGGCUGGGUGGGGAGGCUAACCGAGGCAGGCCUUGGUUUGGUUUGGGUUUAAGUUUUAGAAACAGGCAGAAAUCAGUACCUGUUGCGUGGCGUGGGUUCAGAUCAUCUCAGGAAUAUCUAUCUGAGAGACACACUCACUGACCUUGAAGUCAGGAACAAGGCCUGCAUUUCUCUGUCUUGUUGAGCUUCUAUUCUUUCCUCUGGUUCCUGGACUCAGUGGGCUUUUUUAGGUCAUGUGUGAUCACAGAUACGCCUGAAUUAUGUCAAUAGCAUAUGGGGUUGGGUUCUGGACCAUGAGGUUUGGAGUUAUGGGAAUUUCUUCAUUGGACUGUCCAUUUUGUGAUGCCCCUGAAGUAAAUGGAACCAUUAAUAAUAAUGUUUGGGCGCAGUGAGGCAGUAGUGUGAUACAGUUCCUGAGGUACUCAGUGGCUGCUGACACUAUCUCUGUCUCUAUACAGAGAGAGCCUUUGUGCUGAGCCCUGCACCAUGAGCUGGGUAGCAAGAAACCACAGAGGCUAGUGCUGAUGUGUUUAAUAUUUGUUUCUUAAACUUGAAUGCUGAGCUUCAAAGUGUUUUCACCCAUUUUCUCCACUGUCCACUCCCUCUGAGCCCCCUGUGUUGUGUGUGACAGUUAACAGCUUGGUUGAGGUUACAGUCCCCACUGGUGUUGGAGUCUGUCUACUGGCUCUCUUGUGUUUGCCGCCUGGAUGCCCAGAGGGUUAGAGUGGUACUCAUGGUGCUGGUGACAGGUUUCAUCAGUGCUGUUUCUCUGGGAAGAACAUAUGAGAUGAUGUUGGUUCCCACAAGUUCUUUAUGAGCUCAUUUGCCCUUUGUCUCCACCCUGUACCCCAGUUUCAGACAGGGGAUCAGUGUUGACAGCGUCAGCCAGAGUUUUGCUAUAAUAUCUGGUCUUCCCUCUUGGUUCUGUGAAAUGAGAAUGGAAGAGAUUAACUUUGCCCUCAUCCUCUGACCCCUCAGAUAGCAGAGGGGAGCUCAUGAACCCCGUUGUCCCGGGCAACCCAGUGAUGAUGCUUCCCUGCUCCAUCUGCACACCUUGGCUGCAUUAAAGCUUUACACUAGGCAGCAGCUGGCUCCAGCCUGUGCUCCAGCCCCAAGCAGGGCUUUUUCCUACCUACAUUUUGACUGUAGCCAUCUCUCCAGGAAAGACAUUGUUACAGAUGCAGUGCACACUGAGUGGCUGCUACAGGCCAUGGAGUGACAGGUGGGCUUGAGCCCAUCUCCACCCAACCUUCGACAGAGGAAGGCUUUGCUAAAGAGAUGAUGGUACCUGAGAGAUGUGAACGCGGGGCUGUGUAGACUGCUGCAGUGAGCAUGGGUUAGUGUGGGGGAAGGGUUUCUUGUUGAGCUCCUCCAAACCUAUGCAGUGCUGGCCCACUGCCUGCCACUCUUCCAUGCGAGCCUAGAGAUGGGAUGAGUGUUAAGAAGUGACAUAGGUUCCCUUAUCUGUGGUCAUGGUUAGGACUAGGCUUGGUAGCUGUGAAUAAACCCACUUACAGUAGCUUCUCCCUUUCACUUCCCUUUCUUCAAAGACGUGACUGUCUGCUUGGAACACAUGCUCGCUACCUUCAGGCUGCUCACAGGAUCAGAUACUGUUCUUUUCUGUGAGUCUUCUCAUGCCUUCACUUGCCAGUGCUUAUCCUUAGAGACCUAGGCUGUUGCUAGGAACUGGGGAGAUGACUGCAUCACCACUUACAGCUAUUUCCAGGAAGCUGUCUCGGAUGCUCUUCACGUGGUCUUUCACAUCCCUGUGACCUUGUAUGCAUCAUCAUAACGAUAGCCUACAUUUGAACAACUCAGAAUAGGGAUGUUUUCCCUUCUGACCUUAAAAAAAAAAGUCACAUCAUUUUCCUCACAUUUAAUACACUUGUCUCAAGAACAGGAAGACAGACAGACAGACGCACGCUGUUUGGAUGGUUGAGUCUGGCCAAAGCUCUGAGCCUGGCCUGCCUCCUCUGUUCCUCUUUUCUUGCAUGACUCUGGUCCUGUAUCUUGAUCCCUCUCAGGUUUCCUUCUAAAAGCCUUUAUCAUACACUUCCCUUACAAGGGCAUUGACACACUGUGGCUCCCUGCCAGCUUGAGGGCCAGCUUCUUCCGCUGCACGGUGAAUGUGCUGAAGCUGACAGCAUGGUUCUCACCAUCUUUGCCUCAGGGCAUCUUGCCUUAGUUUUAUCCUUUGGCUUCUGGAAGAUGAGCGAUUUGGAGUUGGUUGAACAUGAUUAAUGGGUACCUGGGCCAGGCGCAUGCUCUCCCACCACAUCAUGUAGCCCAGGUGACUACAUGAUCAUUUCCUACUCCCUCCUCCACUUAACCUGGCCAGCUGGAUGUCCUUACCAUUGGUGUCUUACAGAGGAAACGGGGGCUUGGUGGCAGCAUCUGGGUGGCAGUUUGCUGGCCUCUGAUUUUUGAGGAUCAUCCCUAGGGUCAUAGCUUGCUAAAAAUUCGAAAUCAGGUCAGUUCUGGAAUAAUCGUUGGGAAAAGGGUCCCUAGGCAUGGAACAUCAUGUGGCAAAGGAUAAUACUCUUCAAAACCCCUUUACCCUCAGGCUGUUGCUCAGGGACACAAGACUUUGCAGGGUGUCUAGACCCGACCCUUGCUCCAUGCUGUUGCCCCAUGAGAAGGACCAUUCUUCACUCAUGACGUUCAUGCCUUCUGCGCAUCCUCUUCUUCCCUCUGCUAUCCCACCCCCACCCCCAGCCCCGUAACUGCAUCUCCCACUUGCUAAGCAAGGACCUACCAGAGUAAAGAACAGUGGGCCCUGAAGGCUGUGGCUGUGAGUGCACACCUCAGGAUGUAAGUGUCCAAUGGUGCUCCGCCAUGGGUGCAGAGCCCCCAACUUUUUACCAUGUUUAUUUGAUCAUGUGCCUUUGGAUGGGUGUGUGAGUAAUCACGCAAUCCGACAGAUCAGAAGUACACAUCUCUGCCUCUAGAAGGCCUGGGAAAGAGGCAGGUCCUACUGUUGGUGAAGUACUGAACUUCCUCUAAGGACUUGUGGAGACUGGAAUUGAGGUAGAUUGAAGAGUAGUCCUCAGAGAGUUGUGGGUGGCAAGAACCUGGCGACUUCAGCUGUCCAUUUUCAAACUGAAGUUUGCUGAUGUGUGGCCCUCAGAAGCCCUCCUGUGAGCUGGGGGUGGUGUUCACUCCUCUGCUUAAGGCCCUAACUUUAAAACCUACCGUCUUAGGUAGGUUCUGGGAUGCAUUCCUGGAGGCCCAGCUACUCAGGAGGCUGAGGCAGGGCAAUUGCUUCAGCCUGAGGUGUGAUGUCAGUCUGGGGCAACAUAGCAAUGUCCUGUCUCUUAAAUGUGUGGUGCCAGAUCCCCAGCUCCAGCACAGAUGGCUUCACCUUGCAACACUGCUUCCCUUGGUGGAGAAAAGUGAGAAUGUCUGUGACUGGAGGUCAAAGACUAAAAUUGCCCGUUCCAUAUGGCUCAGUCAUAUAGCACUUGUCCCUGGCUUGACCUGAGAAUGACUUCCUGUCAUGAUACAGUUGUUGGAAACACAUUUCCAGAUGGCAAAACAGUAUUUUCCUAGUUCAAAAAUUGCAAUAAAAUCCGCAUAUAAAAGG